UCCGCCAUGAUGUCAGUCGGAGGCAGAGCGAGAGGGAGAGAGGUGGGCAGUAUUGAGGAACUGAGUUCAUACAAUACUACUGAGACAUCCACAGCUUAGCAGACAGAUACGGUGAACCGCCUAUCCCGGCUCCUGUAAGUGAUGCUGCACUGAGGCACACUUUGAUCCAACUCCACUGGGGGUGCGAUGCGCGCUCUCCAUCCCUCAUUUAAGAGUUUUUCGGGGAGCGUACACAACCUUUAAAUCAGUCUGAACAAAUGGCUAUAAAAUAAAUUCCUUUCACGCCUUCCUUCCAUUUUUUUCCCCAUCACAAGUGAUAUUUUUCUGUUCGCUCUUGGAUUGAAGUUUUUCCUUUUUUUUUUUUUUUUUUAAUGUGCGGGUCAAGCCGCGUUUGACGCACACGUGUCCGCUUUGCGCCAGCGAUUUUUUUUAAAAAACUGGCCGCUUAAAAAAGGGAUUUGAAGGCAACCGUGGGCUUAGCGAUGCGAAGUUAAUAUAAAACAAGCCUGGACCGAUGCGUAUCUCCGCCUGUGGGACCGCGAGCCCAGCGCAUCCGAGGAGGAAUUACAGCGUCCCCUUCAAACAAAGUUGAUCGCUGUGCAGUUUUCUUCUCUCGUGCACAUGAGGACCACGGUCUUUUCAGCGCAUGGAUAAGUUUUUGUAGUGGAUAACAUUUUAUUUUUUCCCUAUAUGCAUCGCAUCCCGGUGCCGCUUCUGAUGAGGACCGUCUCCCCUCCUCUUCCCCACUUCACUUUAAUUCAUGGCACUUCUCUUUUGUAAAUCAGCGAUGUGUCUAUGCGGCGGUACUCGCGGUUGAUUUUUCACCCCCAUUCGAGCGCAAAAGACUUACUGCUGCAGACGUGAAGCUCCCGUCCACUCCUGAGUAUGGACUUAGCAAGUCAGGCCCAUGUGCUGGUGGCUUUGCUCACCUGUGUGGUCCUGUUGUGCCAGGCCCAGGAGCGGGACUACACGGUGAAGGAGGAGCAGCCGGAGAAUGUCCGCAUCGGCAACCUGCGCAAGGAUCUGGACCUCAACCUGGACCCCAACAUCCGGCUGUCAUCGCCGUUGCAGUUCAAGCCCGUGUACAAGACGGGCGACGUGCCUUUGGUGAGGGUGGAGCCCAACACCGGGGAGAUUUUUACCACCAACUACAGAAUCGACCGGGAGAAGCUGUGCUCAGGGGUCUUCGCGGAGAAGCGCUGCUACUAUGAGAUCGAGGUGGCCGUGCUGCCCGACGAAAUCUUCCGCUUGGUCAAGAUCCGUUUCCUGAUCGAGGACGUGAAUGACAAUGCCCCGCUUUUCCAGUUCAAUGUGAUAAACAUCUCCAUUCCAGAAAACACAGCCAUCAACACCCGAUACCCGGUGCCCUCGGCGUUGGACCCUGACGUGGGGAUCAAUGGGAUCCAGCAUUAUGAGCUAGUCAAGAGUGUCAACGAGUUUGGCUUAGACAUCAUUGAGACGCCUGAAGGUGACAAGUGGCCACAGCUCAUAGUGCAACAGAACCUGGACCGUGAGCAGAAGGACACCUUUGUCAUGAAGAUAAAGGUCGAGGACGGCGGCAACCCUCCCAAGUCCAGCACUGCCAUUCUCAAGGUCACCAUUUCCGAUGUCAACGACAAUCAUCCCGUCUUCAAGGACAGCGAGCUGGAGGUCACGGUGCCAGAGAACGCCCCCAUGGGGACAUCGGUCGCUCAGCUCCACGCCACGGACGCAGACGUGGGAUCCAACGCACAGAUCCACUUCGCCUUCAGCAACCAGAUCUCUGCCUCGACCAAGCCCCACUUCGCCAUCGACAGCUCUACGGGACUGAUCACUGUGAAACAGUCGCUGGACAGAGAGACCACCCCUGUCCAUAAACUCAUCGUCCUCGCCAGCGACGGCAGCUCCACUCCGUCCAGAGCCACAGUGAUUGUUAAUGUAACAGACGUUAAUGACAACGUACCCUCCAUAGACACUCGCUACAUUAUCAACCUGGUUAAUGGGACCGUUCUGCUGUCUGAGAAUGCACCUCUCAACACCAAAAUUGCCCUAAUUACCGUCACUGACAAGGAUGCAGAUCUUUAUGGCAAAGUAGCUUGCUACACUGACCACGACGUCCCGUUUCGGUUGAAGCCUGUCUUUAAUGAUCAGUUCUUACUAGAGACAGCUGCCCCUCUAGAUUACGAGACGACUCGAGAAUAUGCAAUUAAGAUAGUGGCUUCGGAUAGGGGGAUGCCGCCUUUGAACACUUCAGCUAUGGUUUUAAUUAAAAUCAAGGAUGAGAAUGACAAUGCCCCCAUCUUCCCCCAGCCGGAAAUCCAGCUUUCCAUCCCGGAGAACAAUGACCCCUCCACACAGCUAAUAAAACUCAGCGCCACUGAUGCAGACAGUGGACAUAAUUCUGAAAUUAUUUAUACGCUUGGCCCUGAUGCACCUGAUGGGUUUAACAUAGACAGACGGUCAGGAAUCCUCUCCGUUGGCAAACGACUGGACAGAGAGAAGCAGGAGAGGUAUUCCUUCACUGUCAUAGCGAGGGACAAUGGCUCCACAUCCCUGCAGAGCAAUGUCACUGUCAGGCUAAUCGUCCAGGACCUUAAUGACAACAGCCCAGCUUUCACACACCCCGAGUACAACUUCUAUGUGCCUGAGAACCUGCCUCUCUACGGAACUGUGGGUUUAAUCACAGUGACAGACGCAGAUGCCGGAGAUAAUGCUGUCAUAACCCUGUCCAUUUUAAAUGGGAAAGAUAAUUUCAUCAUCGACCCCCAAACUGGCGUCAUCAAACCCAAUAUAACCUUUGACAGGGAGCAGCAAAGCUCAUACACAUUUAUGGUCAAAGCAGUUGAUGGAGGGCAGCCUCCAAGCUCCUCGUACGCCAAGGUCACCAUCAAUGUAGUGGACGUCAACGACAACCGUCCUGUGUUUGUCAUCCCCUCCUCCAAUUACUCUUAUGACCUGGUGCGAACCAGCACCACCCCAGGUGCUGUGGUCACCAGGGUGUUCGCCAUUGACAAUGACACAGGUAUGAAUGCGGAGCUGCAGUACAGCAUCAUCAGCAACAUCAUCACCACGUCUAGAGUCUCCCCUCGAGGUCUCUUUGCCAUCGACAAAACCACGGGUAACAUAACGCUGCAGGAGAAGAUAGUGGCCGCUGAUCAGGGGCUACACAGGCUAGUAGUCAAGGUCAAAGAUCUGGGUCAGCCGGAGUCAUUACACGCUAUUGCACUUAUUCACUUGUUUGUCAAUGACACUGUAUCAAAUGCCACCUUUAUACAAGAACAGUUGAGAAAAAGCAUGGAGACCCCUCUGGAUCGUAACAUAGGGGAAAGCGAGGUCACGCCUCAGACCAACGGAUACGUGAUCGUUGUCAUAGCCAUCAUAGCGGGAACCAUGACUGUCAUCCUGGUGAUCUUUGUGACUGCCUUGGUGCGCUGCCGGCAGACGCCCAGACACAAAGUUGUGCAGAAGGGCAAGCAGAGCGGUGAGUGGGUGUCGCCCAACCAAGAAAACCGCCAGAUCAAGAAGAAGAAGAAGAGGAAGAAGCGAUCCCCCAAGAGCCUCCUUCUAAACUUUGUGACCAUAGACGAAUCCAAGCCUGAUGACCCUACCCAUGAACAUGUUAAUGGCACACUGGAUCUCCCUGUGGAGCUAGAGGAACAGACCAUGGGGAAGUACAACUGGGCCACGACGCCCACCACCUUCAAACCCGACAGUCCAGAUUUAGCCAAGCAUUACAAGUCCGCGUCCCCUCAGCCUACAUUUCAAAUCAAACCGGAGACUCCAGUGGCCCCAAAGAAACACCAUGUGAUCCAGGAGCUCCCAUUGGACAACACAUUCGUGGUGGGCUGUGACUCACUCUCCAAGUGCUCAUCGACUAGCUCCGACCCGUACAGUGUCUCAGAGUGCAGCUGUCAGGGGGGAUUCAAGACUGCGGGGCAAAUCUCCACCCGACAGAACCCCAGUCAGACACCGGAGAAGUCUUUCAACUCGCCGCCCCCGAUUUGUCCUCAUAAGGAGGCCUGUCAGCUCGGCAAGAUAACCUCCGUGAACACUCAGCGUCGUGUGACGUUCCAUCUCCCGGACGGGUCCCAGGAGAGCUGCAGCGACAGCGGGCUGGGAGACCCGGAGCCCAGCAGCGUGGCCAGCGCCCCCCAGCCCCUUCCCCUCAGCUUCCCCCAGGAGGAGUACUACGAGCAAACGUCCCCCAACAGCCGCACGGAGGGCGACGGGAACUCAGACCCAGAAUCCACCAUCGAGGUGAACCUUCAGAAAGCCUUGGCCGAGGCCUCCGAGACCUGCACCCAGGAGUGUCUGAUACUGGGCCACUCCGACAGCUGCUGGAUGCCGCCAGCUCUGGCCCAGUUCCAGAGUCCUGGCAGCAACAGCCCCGUCUCCACCCCCACGACCGCGGCCAUCGCCGGCACCCUCCCCUCGUUCGGCUUCCAGCAGAGCUGUGCCCGGGGAGCCAGAGCUGCCAUGGGCAGCAUGGGGGUCAUGGAUGGACGCCACACCCUGGGCCGGUCCGUGCCCAAAAAAGAUGAACUGGAUAAAGGGAUCAACCGGCCGCAGUUCUACAACACCCUGGACAGACACUGCAGCAGUAAGAAGGAGGACCCUGUCAAAGUCAUCCCCCUGGCGAGCUUCACCUCUCCCGGGCAACAGACGCCCACAGGCGGCGGCAGCGGCACUUUCCUACAUGAGCACCAGUUGUAAACGCAAAGGACAGGUCUUCACUGAGCUGACACACACGCGACUCCAUCCACAGAUGUGCCGUUCGAAUAACUCUGACCCGCUGCGGCUGGUGAAGACAUCUGAGGAUGGACGUGAUGACGCUCAGACAAACUCACAGGAGGCCCAUGUAAAAAAAACAAAAAAAAAAACAAAAGGUAGUUCCAUGUCAAAGUAGUUCCAUCACGGAAAAGCGGAAGAUAAUUAUUGCUUUUGGUUCAGUGAUGUUUGCUUAGUGAUAAGAAAGGGCGACGUAAGCUGUAAGCUGCUUGGGCCCAGCUUAGUGGAACCGUGUCCUAAAAGACUCUUUCCUUGUGCAGAAACAAAUGCAAAUCCAGUGCUUUGUGGCGAGCGAGCUAAAUUGGGCUAAAUGUUAAUCAUGAGAUCUGGAUGGAUGGUGUUUUUGUUGACGUUCUUGUGAAGUAUUGCUCUGUAUAACACGCAGCACAAACUCGUUUGGUGGCGGAAGGUGUUUCUUUUGUCUUGCCUGAAUGUGUUUCAGAAGUCUAUUUUGGUCAAGGGACUGCGGAAGGAUAAAAAAAACGUCUACGAAGCAUAACUAGGCCGAUGGUAGACGGAGCUCCACAGUCAGUGUUCUGCAUUUUCACUAUGGGCCACGACGCAAAACAUACAGUAGCACAAGAGAAAUCAGAAAAAUAUUGGGAUAUGCACAAAAACACUCACACAAACACACGGCCAAGACGUUUCCAUAGGGCGGCUGCUCAAUCAGAGCCAACUCUAUUACAACGCGUUCACCUUUACCACGUUCUCAGCCAAGAAACGCGCCGAUAGAUGCGCUGCGGAAAUGCACCUUUGUUUCCAUAGCUUCCAUUCCGAUCAGAAACACUGACGCGGCUAUGGAGCCAGUUAUACGAGCCUCAGUCGAACGAUCUGGAUCGAGCGCUCGGCAGCGGUUUGAGGGUCUGGACAGAGACAAGCCCCAGAUGUGUAAACGGCUUGAAAAUGCCACACACGUUUAGACUCUGCAGCUUUACACACACACACACACCCUUUCUUCCCACCAUAUCAUGACUAACACCCAACCUCCUGCUAUUAAUUACUAUUACCAUUACUCUAUAUGUGUUUCUAUAUCGCUCGGGUUCAGUGCUAAGAUUCUAUUAGCAGCUUUACUAUGUGUUGACACUGGAAUAAUAGACCAGGGUGCAGGAAUUUCUGCGGGGCCCCGAGUCGAACUGAAUUAUUCAUGUUAAUGUUAUUUUUGCAGUUAUGAUAGGAAUAGGCAUUGGCACUAUUUGAAAGAGAGGACCUCCCUGCAGGCUGCCCCUCACUGUGGUUUCAUCAUCCACACGCGGCAUCACUGCCUGCGUGGCUGUAAACUGCACUGAUCAUUAUAACUACUUCACACUAACUUGCGCCUCUAACAGAUUGGGUGCAGGAUAAUUUAUUGCAACAGCAAUAAGUGACUCUGCUGAUCUACAUUUUUUCUCUCCAGUAACAUCUAAGCCAGGUGUCUACAUCGUCAGGACACCAUAUGAUUCAUGGGAUUCAUUUCCUUGUACAAUCUUGCAAAUUGGGAACAGGCUUGAAUCUAUAGGAUAAAAUGGGGCUCUCCAGGGAGGAUGCAAGGCAAAUUGUGUUUGCGUGCUUUUAGAUACUGGACCUGCUCUCUCUAAUUCUUGGGGUCAGGACUUUUUAUGUUACAAAAAAGAGACUUGGUGAAGUGAUCGCUUUAAAGAUAGAGUGUGUGGAAGACACAGGAAGGGCCAAUUCAUUGUCACAAAAGUCAAUUAUGAAAAUAAUUUCUGUUCAAAACAAGUAACUUAAAUUAAUCUGCCUCACGUGAUGAGAGUGUCUCUCUGUUUGGGGAAUCCAAUUUCAGCUCAUUUACUAAAUAUUCUCAUCUCAUUUCAGAGUUUUAAGACAGGCCUGUACUGUACAUGCACCAGAUGUUAUAAACAAUGCAUAUUUGAUCAAAAGGAGAACGUAUCAAAGUGAGCAUACAUCAUCAUGUCACUAAAAAUAUACGUUUUACCGAAAAAUGCUAAUCCGAGCUUGUGAUGUGUUAACCAAAGGUUGCCACCGAAUCCUCACAGUCUUGUCAGUGUGAGUGAGUAAAUGUAUGGUUUUCAGCAAAAAACAAAUAAAAAGAAAAACUAUUAGGUUUAUAAGUUCAUCACCAGGAGCCCAAACGUUAUGUACUGUCGGAUACGACGCAGAAAAUUGUGCCCUUCCUCAUAACACGGAGGGAGAGAAAAUCCAUGAGCUAAAUAAAGGAUAAGACACUGUCACACUGGAAUAAAAAGUGAUUGUUUGAAGUAACUUAUCCAAUCACACGUGUACAGUAAGCACCUCUCUGUAACCUUCACUGUCUCACUUAAUCUGCCCACAUAACCCACAUUUACUGGAACGUCACCAUGAGUAAAAGCAUUAUUAGGGGGAAUGGUGUAUGAAUUGCAUGAAUGUACAUUUAUAGGAUGUUGCUUUUGAUACUAACACGAGUUUCCGUCAGCAGCUUGUCCGUUUUAUUUUACUAUAUGCCCUGUAUAGUACCAGUGUGUUAUGCAUCUGCUUUUAAAAUGGGCAUUUCACGAUGCGAACAGACGUGCGUUUGUUUUGGAGGGAUGAUGUUCCACCCAGUAAGAACUGUGCAAUCAAAUUUAUAUUUCACGAAAAGAAAAAAACAAAGAUGUUAAGUGACACGAAUUUUCACUCUGCAUGAUUCCGUUCGCACUGUUCCUUUCCUGCUUCCUGUUCAUUGCCCCUGCUCUGCUCAUAGGAAGUGUGAAGACGCUAUAUAUGAAACUCAACUUGUUCAUCGCCUUCCAUUUCCAGGAUUUUUCAAUCAAAAAUGUGCACCGCGGUUACCAAGACAACGUCUGUCAUCAUUUGCAUGAACUGUUUUGACACUUGAACUAUGUAGUUCACUCAUCUGUCAUUAGAAUCAGUGUCAGUAUUGAUGUUUACUGCUCUACUUGUUUGUCUGUCCUAUGGAACAAAACAAAGCGUUACACAGUGUUCACAUCAAAACUUUGUAAUGUGUGUGUACCUCCAACGCCUCUACGGCACACACACACACACACCGAUACUGUCAGUUAAGCCAGAUUUUAAACUGUACUAUACAUGCAGCACCCCUACGAAGUCCUAAUGGUCACAAACUGGAGCGACAGUGAAGAAUAAGAGCUACAGGCUAAACGUUGGAAUUGACUAUGAGGAGAAAAAGGCAAAAGGGAUGAGAUGACAAUCUCUGUUGUGAUGUAAAUGGACACAUAUGCAUAAUCCUGAGAGUGUGUUUGAAUGUGUUUCUAGGUGAUCAUGUAUGUGUGUGAAGGAGAGAGUGAAUGUGUGCGUGCACGGGUACAGGUACACUACGGUACAGUGCGGUACGGUAUGUGUUGCACCUUGCCAGGAUAUUUUAUGUACACUAUGUAUCUUGUACAAAACUAUAUCAAAACAUGAUAUAAGAUUUAAGUAUCUGCUUGUAAAUUAGUCAUCAGUAUGUAGGUCACGUGGCAUUGAAAGACGGCUUCAGUGCUUGCCAGCCAAUCUGCAUUGGUCUGUUAAAGCUAUACCGUGUGUGUUGUCAUGCCUUUGUAAAGUAACCCAUUUAAAUCUAUGAAAAAAUGACCUUCCAUAUGGUGAAAUGAUUUUUCUUGUCAUUGAAUUUUACUUUAGCCAUUAAAUAUUGAGUCCUCAAAGUA